AUGAAUCUAUGGUUAUUGGCCCUCGCGGCCCUGGCUGCCAUGCCAAAAGUGCUGGGUCAGGAUACUAGUCCGGCCUCUUCUUCUGCCCUCCAAGCCGUGGCCGAGAUGCCUGCAUGUGCUCGUGAGUGUCUCGCGACGUCGAUCACCAAGUCACAUUGCGAUUUGACGAAUACAACUUGCGUGUGCACAAACCCGAUAAUGCAACAGACCAUGCAGGCAUGCGUCUUGGAGAGCUGCACCAUCAAACAAGCGUUAUCAACAAUGAAUUUAACAGCUGUAGGCUGUGAUCAGCCUCUCAGAGAUCGAUCCCAGGCAUACAUUAUCCUCAACGACGUUUUCGGCACCGUGUCCGGUCUGUUUGUGCUUCAGCGGGUUGCCUAUAAGGUCUGGUCCAACGGAGGCAUUGGUGGUGAUGAUUGGAUGGCUGUUGCUACCAUUCUAGUCGGAAUCCCAAGUACCGUCAUCAGCGCCUAUAAAGUGUCGAAUCACGGCCUGGGUCGCGAUAUCUGGACCUUGACGCCCUCACAGAUUACCGAUUUCGGCCUUUACUUCUGGAUCAUGGAGAUUCUCUAUUUCCUUGAAGUCUCUAUGCUCAAGCUCUCCCUUGUACUCUUCUAUAUCCGCAUCUUCCCAGGCAAAACAGUGAGAGGCAUUCUUUGGGCGACGUUCGCAGCUUGCUCAGCUUUUGGUCUUUCUUUUGCCUUGGUUGCCGUAUUUCAAUGUACGCCUGUCAAAUUUUACUGGGAAAAGUGGGAUGGAGAACACCAUGGCACUUGUCUAAACAUCAAUUCCAUUGCCUGGUCAAAUGCUGCGAUCAGCAUAGCGAUCGAUAUAUGGGUGCUGGCCAUUCCCCUAUGGCAGCUCAAGGACCUCAACUUGGACUGGAGACGCAAGGUUGGUGUCGGAAUGAUGUUUUGCAUCGGUGCUUUCGUUACCGUUGUCAGUAUCUUACGUCUUAGGUCCCUUAUCAAGUUUGGUUCCGACAGCCUUAAUCCUACUUGGGACUUCUUUGACGUUAGCAUCUGGUCUGUCGUGGAGAUCAAUGUCGGCCUUAUAUGUGUUUGCUUACCUUCUUUGCGCGUUCUGCUUGUUCGCCUCUUCCCGAAGCUCCAGGGCACUACUGAGAGAUACGCAAGGAGCUCAAGACGCAAUCGAUCGUCGAAUAAACGAGUGAGCCGCCUUCCCUUGGGACACAGUGCCGGAUCACAGGUGGACAAAUCCAUGUCUCAUCCCAAUGUCGGACCCAACCGGAUCGCCUUUCAAAGAUCGUAUACGGUUGAGUAUGGAGAUACCGAUGAGGUCCAACUUGUAUCAAUACAUGAUAAACUGAGCACCAAGUCAGAUGCCAGAUCAGAUAUCUCAUGA